AAAGAGGUUUUUUUUUGGAUCAUCCGGGAAUCUUUAUAGGAGUGACAAGGGUUCCAAACCUUUCCUCGCGUGUGGCGAAAAAGAUUCUAUUCUUUCGCAAACCCCUAUAGAAUUCGAAUAAUAAUAAUAAUAAGGCUCUUUUUCUUUUUCAUGGAGCUUUCUCCCAAUCCUCAAGUUCCAUUUUGAUUUCUAUUUAUACGAUGUCAACGGUUCUUUCUUUUUUCGAUUACCAAUGGUUCGACAACGUACAUUUCCAAUCAAAGUGUCUUUUUCUUUUUAUGUGGUCGUCAUUCUUUUUAGUCUUUGUCUCCUCUUCAUGGAUGAGCUAACCAGAGCGGUGGCUCAGUUCUAUCCCACGUUGGGAGGAACGAAUGGUGGGUUCGGUCCACCACCGGCUCCGCCCGGGCCGGACAAUUCCGUUCUUUUAGCUGCUUCUGGUUCCCACGAAAGCGGUCCGUCUGAUCCAAACGCUCAUGUCUUGGCGGAGACACAGGAAGGCUUAGACCGCCUACGUCAAGAGAACCUGCGCGCCCUUCGUGAGAACGAAGCUCUCAUAAAAAGAGCCAAGGAGGAACUGGGGCUAGGAAAGAACGUUUCAAAGCGAUGAAAGCUCGAGACGCCGCCAAGGAUCAAGCUAGGCGGAUCCGGCGCCAGGCACUUCAGGAAUUCCCUAGGACAGUGGAAAGAGAUUUGAGAUUCCGUAAGUAACUCAGUGCCUUUUUAAGGAAGGGGUUUGUCUUGGAAGAAGAAAAUGAAAUACGAACAACCGCGCUGGUCGUAAUAGAUCGACUUUCAUGCUGGAGCAAGAACUAGCAUGAAAGUUCCAUUUCAGGGAAGGACGACGUACUAUGACUAUGAUACUUUCUGUUUUGUCUAGCCCUGCUUUGGUCUCUGGUUUGAUGGUUGUACGUGCUAAAAAUCCGGUACAUUCCGUUUUGUUUCCCAUCCCAGUCUUUUGCAAUACUUCCGGUUUACUUCUUUUCUUAGGUCUCGACUUUUUCGCUAUGAUCUUCCCAGUAGUUCAUAUAGGAGCUAUAGCCGUUUCAUUCCUAUUCGUUGUUAUGAUGUUCAAUAUUCAAAUAGCGGAGAUUCACGAAGAAGUAUUGCGCUAUUUACCAGUGAGUGGUAUUAUUGGACUGAUCUUUUGGUGGGAAAUGUUCUUCAUUUUAGAUAAUGAAAGCAUUCCAUUACUACCAACCCAAAGAAAUACGACCUCUCUGAGAUAUACGGUUUAUGCCGAAAAGGUACGAAGUUGGACUAAUUUGGAAACAUUGGGCAAUUUACUUUAUACCUACUAUUUCGUCUGGUUUUUGGUUCCUAGUCUUAUUUUAUUAGUAGCCAUGAUUGGGGCUAUAGUACUAACUAUGCAUAGGACUACUAAGGUGAAAAGACAGGAUGUAUUCCGACGAAAUGCUAUUGAUUCUAGGAGGACUAUAAUGAGGAGGACGACAGACCCACUCACGAUCGACUAAAGAAAGAAAAGGCAAGU